AUGGUUCUUACCAGUUCACCCUUCCAGAGGUGGAUACUGGAGGAACAUGUGCCGACAGUUAAAAUUCCGGCACAUAUCACUUACGAUGGUACUUCGAAUCCGAAGGACCACAUAGCCUCUUACGAGGGGCAUAUGUACCUUAACCCCAGGUCUGAAGCUACCUGGUGCAAAUACUUCCCUACAACCUUGAAAGGUGUUGCCCAGUCAUGGAUCACCAAAGGGCUGAAGGAAGGCUCUAUAACAGGCUGGAGUGAUCUUGCCAACAAGUUCAAGAACAAGUUUUCCACGGCUAACCGCCGAGAGAAAACUACUGCAGAGCUUAUGGGCCUGCAGCAAGCGGAAGACGAAAGUCUCCGAGAUUACUUGACUCUCUUCAGCAACGAGUCGUCCAAAAUCACAAGCCUGGACCAAAGCCUAGUCGUAUUCGCACUACGGAAUGGCUUGCAAGUUGGAAAAUUUCUGGAUUUCAUGGUCAUGCAUCCUCCGCAGACCUUGGAAGAAGCCCUCGAUGCUUCGGAUAAAUUCAUCCGGGCCGAGGAAUGGAACAAGGCCAAGCUGCAAUCUCAAACAGGGCUUGCGAAGCCAAAAGAGCAGCAAGCCGAAGUUCCAGGGUCGAGGAAAGGGAAGGCAAAGGCCUAA